AAUGUCUUUAAAUAAUUUUGAUUCGAAUGGAAAAAGAAGAAUUUUGCUCAAUGAAUGCAAAAAAGUUUAUAUUCAAAGAGAUUAUAGUCAAGCGCUUAUUAUUCGUUUUUCAACAGAAUUUCCUGAAGAACUUGAAAAUUAUAUAAGCAGACAAUUAUGGACUGAAUUUAUUAAUAAUUUAAAUCAAAUAUAUUCGGAUGCAGAAAAGCUCUCCUCAAGAGCUUAUGCAGAAAAUAUAAUUGCUUUAUUAACAUGCCAUCUUUCUCGUCUUUGUUUUAAAUCUUUUUGGACGAAAAAAUUGGAAGAAGCAGAAUCUUUAAUUGAUGAGGCUAAUCAACAACAUUUUGUUAAUGAUGGAGUUUAUGUUGGGAAUCCGUUGGAUAAAGGAUUUAGAGUGAUUGAAGUUGUUUUGCUAGACGAACCUUUUGCUGUUGGUUCUGGAAAGGCUGAUAAAGAUGCUAUUUCUACACCAGUUCAAGGACUUCAACCUCGGUGA